UCUCUGUGGGUCUGGUUACCUGAGGAGACGCCACAUAGCAGCAGAGGCCGAGAUGCGAAGCGCUUAGAGGGAAGAGAAGCCGGAAAGAAGAGCGACAGUAAGAGAAAGAGGAAGAGGAAGAGCCACACCUGCCGAGCGGAGCGAGAACCCGAGAGAACCCGCGGGUCCUGACGGUCCUCAGGGGCUGAAGGCGCUGAAGGAUGGAGUGCCAGGAGAGGCUGAUUCUGUCUGUGAGCUGGACCACCAUCGUCUGCGGCGUGGCGUUUUUCUGGCGGCAGACCACCAGAUAUUGCGCCCCCUACGGGCGCUACGUGGAUGCCGCCGGCCCGCCGGGACGCGUCUGCCCGGCCAAGCUGGCCUGGUUCCUGCAGGAGCUGCCGGCGUUCCUGGUCCCUGUGCUCCUGGUCCUGAGCACCGAGGCCCGGAGCGAGCAGGGCAAGGUGCUGCUGCUCUGCACCUUCUGCCUGCACUACUUCCAAAGGACUUUCGUCUACGCCCCGCUGACCAGAGGACGUCCCGUCCCGCUCAGGCUCAUGAUCUUUGCGGCCAUCUUCUGCUCUCUGAACGGCUUCCUGCAGGGACACCACCUGCUGCACUGUGCCCGGUUCCAGCGCACCUGGCCUGAUGACGUCCGUCUGUGUGCUGGUUUGGUUUUAUUUGCCGUCGGUUUGGUCAUCAACAUCCACAGCGACCAGAUCCUCCGCCGCCUGAGACGACCUGGAGAGUUUGUCUACAGGAUUCCCCACGGUGGAUUGUUUGAGUUUGUGUCAGGGGCAAACUACCUGGGGGAGAUGUUGGAGUGGGGGGGCUACGCCGUGGCCACCUGGUCGCUGCCCACCUUCUCCUUUGCCUUCUUCACCAUCUGCAGCAUCGGGCCGAGGGCGUACCACCACCACAGGAACUAUCAGCUGAAGUUUGACAACUACCCCCCAGGCAGGAAAGCUGUUCUUCCUUUUCUUUUGUGAAGGAGGAACGUCAUCAUCAGAAUCACAUCAUUUAACAUCUAGGAAACAUUAACCCUUCAGAUGCAGCAAAUUCACUGCAUGUCUUUCAGAAGCAUUAGUGAAAACUUCUCCUUAUUUAGCGGAAGACCCUUGAGGGCCCCCGGGGGGCCCUGUGACGACCCCGUGACCCCUCAGAGAUUGAUUUAGAACUGGAUUUCAGGCACAGCCCAGGACUCAGGGGUGUCCCAAGAAAAAUCAGAAUCUGAAUAGCCUUUAUUGUCACUGUAUACAAAAACAACAAAAGUAGUAGAGAUGGAUUUCCAAAAUAAAUAAUAAUAAUAAUAUUUAUUUUUACUAUUAUUACGAUUAAUUCCAUUAAAAAGACUUAAAAACACAAGACACAGAGCCAGUGUGCGAAAUAAGGGGGAGCAAAGGGGAGCACAGCGCCCCUGGUGGUGACAUGAGCUCCCCUGGCUGGAAACAUUGUGAAAUUUUGGGGAGCGGUGCCAGCUCAGUGCCGGCCGGCACCGCACGUGGGCGUGCCCACCAGGUCAGGUCUGACAGAUCUGGUUGAUUAUUAUUAUCAGUUGAUUAUUGAUUGUGCAAUGCUGCGAUUCGCAGUUAAUCUCACUGCGCGCAUU